AUGGAGGUCGCAGAGAAGCAGACAGUGUGGAAAUCGAAUGACGAGGCCACCGAGCAAAUCGUCGACAUCUCGGCUUCGGCGUCCGUGAACGCGGGUCCAGAUAUUGAUUUAUUUUCUUACCAUGAACGUAAUGCCGGGCGGCUCGUCGUGGAUCCAGAGGAAGCGAGAGUCGAGUUUGGCGAGGAAGUUGCAAAACGCCUGAAACUUUCUAGCGAUGGAACCAGAGUGCUUUGGCCGCAACCAACUGAUGACCCUGAGGAUCCACAGAACUGGUCCGACGUGCGCAAGAAUUUCCAGUUGUUCAUCGUCACCCUGGCCGCUAUAGUUCCCGAUUUUGACUCUGGUAUAGGUAUCGCGUCCAUUUUCUCCCUCGCGAAGCAAUAUAACACCACAUCCGGCGUAAUCAAUGAUCUUACUUCCAACUGGAGUAUCUUCUUAUUGGGUUGGGGCAGUAUCCUCGCAGUCAUGCUAAUGCGUCGGUAUGGCCGGCUGCCUAUACUGUUCUGGUCUCAAGUUCUUGCAUUGGGCUUCCUCAUUGGCUGUACAUUCGCCCCGACGCUGAAGGUCUUCACUGCUAUGCGCUGCCUGACUGCCUUCUUUGGAACAUGCCCCCAAGUGACGGGCCUGUAUGUCGUCACAGAUCUUUUUCCAUUCCACCUGCAGGCACGUAAGCUGAACAUCUGGACAAUGGGCUUCGUUGUUGCACCUUUCCUCUCUCCGUUCGCAUUCGGUUUUCUAGUCGCUCGCGCGAAUUGGCGCUGGACGUACGGCACUGGAUCGCUCUACGGGGUGGUAGUAGUGCUCUUCAUCACAUUCUUCAUGGAAGAAACAAUGUACGACCGCACGCUCCCAAACCCUCGCCCAAUCCCCCCGCCGCCCUCUCGUCUGCAUCACCGCGUUGAGUUGUUGGUCGGCGUAACCGGAUACCGCAUGGCAAAGUACCGCACGAAGUGGCGUAUUGCCGUAUGGGCGACUGCCGAUGUCUUGUGGCGUCCGCAUAUUCUCUCUAUCCUGGUCUUUGAGGCUAUAUUGUUCGGGUUCACCACUGGAAUAAAUACCACUAAUGCCGUCCUUCUAGACCUUCCCAAACCGGAAGGUUUUGGAUUUAGUCAGUAUGCUAUUGCGGGCGCGUACGCAACGCCAAUCGUAGCCACUAUCAUCGGAGAACUGCUUGGGCAUUAUAUCAACGAUUGGCUAAUGAACUUCUGCGUGAAGCGCAACAAAGGCGUCUUCGAGGCCGAGAUGCGCUUGUGGAUUUGCUAUCUCGCAGUCCCGCUCUAUAUAUGCGGAUUCGUUGUACUUGGUGCUGCGUUUCAACUGCAUCGGGGUGUAGGCGCACUGGUCAUGGGCUGGGGUAUCUCCCAGGUCGCUGUCAUGUUAAACACGGUAGCAGUCUAUGCUUACUGCAACGACUGUUUCCCCAGCAGACAGGGAGAAGUCUCCGCAUGCGUGAACCUCGCACGCACACUGGGUGGUUUUAGCGUAGCCUACUUCCAGGUACCGUGGGUGACACAACAUGGUGCUUUGCAGGCCUUCGGGGUAGAAGCUGCGGUGGUCACUGCGUUGUUCCUGCUGGUUGUACCUGCGCUCCAGAUAAAAGGCGCAUCCCUAAGGGCAAAAUUUUCCUUGUACUAG